AUGACAGGCUCAACAAGCGGCGCCGCCGUAACGGUUUCGACGAGGGCAUCCUCAGCAGCAGCGGCAGCGGCUGCGGCUGCAGCGAUAGACGUGGUCAUGGGAGGAACUUCGACGACUGGAGCAGCUGGAACGACAGGGAUAAAACAAACACCGACUUCACAUUUAAAUCACCACCACCUUCUUUACCAACCACCACAACCACCACCACCACCACCACCACAACAACAACAACAACAACCGCAUCAUUUGCAUCACCAUCCUCAUCACACAGCAACUGCUGCUGCAGCAACAGCAGCAGCGGCAGCAGUCACAACCAUUGUCAGCGCUAACCUGUUGGCAACAGUUGGCAGCAACCAUAGCGCAAACAGUCUUAAUGACAGGGGUCUCGAGCCACGGGCACGGUGCAGCCAAUGCGGGCGACGGCGCACAGCCUGCCACCACCUUCCCUACCAGCAGGGCCUCCAGCAGCCCACCUCUUCCUCUUCGGGGUCGCCUGCCUCCGCAAAUGCAAUUCCCGGGCCAGGUCCUGCCAACGGAAGCCUCAGCGCCGCUCCGUCGCCCUUGCAGCCACGACCCCGCAGGAUCUCCAAGCUAAGGCACCGUGCUGCUGCUGCUUUAACUGGCAGCGCCGCCCAACAACCAAAUGCCGCCGCCAUUAACUCUGUUACUUUUUCCCCACACCCCACCACCAGCUCGACGCCGCCUGCCCUGUCGUCGGCCUCGGACCCUGCCGACACCACUGGCAGCAGCAGCGCCGCCAUGGAACCUCCCGUGCUUUCCUUUUACGGCAAGGAGCCUGUGCCGCUGCCAUCGCGUUUCGGCCAGAUCAAGCGCAGUCUUGUUGCCGGCCGCGAGAAAGAGAUCGAGGCGUCGUGGGCCCGUUUGAUCAAGGCGUUGCGCGACGAUGUUGAGGACAUUGCCUCGCGUGGCUCCAGCUUAACGCCAAGUAUCGAUUUCGGCGAUAUCCACAACCCGGACGCCCGGGCCGCCUUCUCACGCGACCUCAAGCGCUAUGGCCUGGGCCUGGUGCGUGGGGUGGUACCCCGCGAUGAUGCACAGGUAGCCAUCGACGAGACCGUCAAGUACCUCGAGAAGCAGACCGACUUCAAGCAGCCGUCGCCCCAAGAUCCGACAUGUUUCGACUUUUUCUGGACCCCUGCCCAGGUGCGCACGCGCGCCCACCCCCGGGUGCUGGAGGCCCAGCGCUUCGCCAUGUCCCUAUGGGAUAACAAUGUCGACGACCGCAUGGCCCUCCGAUUCCCCAUCGCAUAUGGAGAUCGUCUGCGAAUUCACGGCGCCGAUAUCGGCAAUGUGGGCCCUGACGCCGCGGCGGCCAAUAAGGCUAAGGAGGCGGACGAGAUGGUCGAGGACAUUGAGCUGGACGAGGAACUGGAGGCGCAAAAAGCGGCCGCUGACCUGCUGGGCGACUUCACCUCGUCAACCAUUAUUGCGCAGGUUGAUAAUGGUAGCUUGGAGCGCUGGGAGCCCGAUGGAUACGGCCGCGACGGCACAUACGAUGCCGUGUUCAGGGGCGAGUGGGAAAAAUACGACCCGUGGGAUCCCACUCACCGCGUGACUGCCACGUCCGACCUGUAUAACGGCUACGGUGCGUGCAGUAUCUUCCGCAUGUACCAGGGCGUCGUGGCCCUGAGCACCAUUGAGCCGGGCCUGAUCCGCCUGCUCCCGAGCCCCAAGCUCGCCACCGCUUACUUCCUCCUCCGUCCUUUCUUCACCCCCAAGACCAAGGCCCCCGAGCGCCGCGACGGCCCGGAAUGGGACGCCUUCUUGGACCCCUCGAACUGGGAAUUGGAGAAGGAACAAUCCACCAUCAUCCACGGCGCCGUCCCGGGCCACGCCCAGCGCCUUACCGAGACGUGGCACCCCCACCUCCACCUCCGCCGCACCCUCCAGACCAUCCCCACCCUCCAGACCGGCGACUACAUCGUCUGGCACCCCGACCUGGCCUACCACAUGACGUCCAACCCCAACGUCAUGGCCAGCCGCGCGCCCACGCCGCCCCCAAUGGCCGAGACUGAGGAACCCUCGGGCAAGCCCGUCUCCAUCCUCGUCUACGUGCCCGCCGCCCCGCUCACCCAGACCAACGCCCUGUACCUCGCCCGCCAGCGCAAGACCUUCCAGCGCGGCCACCCGGGACCCGACUUCGAUUCCACGGGGAGCGGCCUCGGCAGCGAAGCUACCCACAUCGGCCGCCCCACCGACAACGACAUUGCCGAGGUUGGUGGGCCCGCGGGCUUGCAGGCCAUGGGCCUCGCGCCCUUCGACGUCGCGCCUACCCCGCCCGCCACCGCCUCCGCUGACCAGUCGCCGGCUCCCGGAGCGGCGCUGAAUGGCGAGGGUCGCAGUGGCGAGGCUGAGGAUGGUUCGGCGGGUGGGAGUGGCAGCAUGACGCGCGCUGAGGCCGAGGUGGCUCGUCUGGCAAAUAUCAUCCUGUUCCCGGAUCGCUAUGACUUUUACAUGGCGAAGCGGAACAGCAAUGGCAGCAAGCGCAGCAAAGUCAAGGUAGAGAGGCUACUGAACCCCGUGGAUCCGCCUACGCCGCCGAGGGAGGUCAAGGGGAAGGGGAGGAGUUGA